ACGAGCCAGUACGGAAAUGUGUCUGUUACGAUUAUAACGCAAUACGUGAGUGUAAAAAUGUGAUAAAGCAAGAUUUGAAAGAGACGUGUGAGAGCUGUAUUGUGAAAGCGCUACUGAACAAACCCCAGUAAACAGGGGGAACAAGUCGGACUGGAUGAGAUGGUGGGUGUGAUGGUGCUAUGUUAGUUUAAGGAGCUCGGUGGGGGUGGCGUCAGGUAACCAAGUGGGCUUUAAAAAGCCCGUCCUUCCUUUCUUUCCUUUAUUUCAGUUCACGUCGUUCUUUAGCCAUGUGCGCGGAGGAGGGGAAACAUAUCUCCCCGGGGCACUGAACUUCUUCCUCUCUACUCCUUCCUUUCUGUUUCAGUUGUAGCUUUUAUUUAUUUAUACUCCCGAUUAUUGCGUCAAAGCCAAACUUUGGAUAUUCUCUACAGAUUAUUUCUUUCUACACACGGAACGCUUGCCUCCUUAUAAAGGAAGACUUUAAAAAGAUAUAUAUAUAUAAUUCUUUAUUUUAUUUCCUGGGAGUUAUUUCUGAGCGUCGCCAUGGAGAGAUGUGGAGGACCGUCCCCGACCUACAAACACACACACCCGUUUAUCCACGAGGUGAAGAUGACAACGGCUCAAAGAAUUCAGAGUUUCAUACUGGGCUGCGUUCUAUUCCCUCUUCGAGCCUGCCUAGUCGUCAUCUCCUUCCUGCUCAUGUGGCCUGUCGCUCGGCUCCGACUAAUCGGCCUGUCGCGGGAGGACCGGGAGAAACCGAUUCAAGGCUGGAGGCACUGGAUUUUUCAGCCCGUGAUGAUCUUCCUCAGUCGAUGUGUUUUCUUCUCCUUGGGCUUUUUCUGGAUAAAGGUCAAAGGUCGACAGGCUACACAGAAAGAGGCACCGGUGUUGGCAGUGGCACCUCACAGUAGCUUUCUGGACAUGCUGGUACUCACCAUGGCGGGGCUGCCAAUGGUGGUGUCUCGGUCGGAGAACGCCAACCUGCCGAUUGUCGGAGCACUUUUGGAGUUUAACCAGUCCUUGUUGGUUAGUCGAAAGGAUCCUGAGUCCAGAAAAAAGUGUGUCUCUCAAAUCAAAGAAAGACUCACUUCGAAUGGUUACUGGCCUCAGAUGCUAAUGUUCCCUGAAGGAACCACCACAAAUGGUCAAGUCCUCAUCAAAUUUAAGCCCGGUGCAUUCCUGGCAGGUGUCCCAGUUCAGCCGGUGUUGCUUCACUACCCUAAUAAAAUAGAUACUGUGCGGUGGACUUGGAAAGGAGCAUCAUGGCUCGAUUGUUUCUGGUACACCUCGGCUCAGUUGUACAGCAGCGUUACAGUGGAGUUUCUGCCUGUCUACACACCCUCCCAAGAGGAAAAAGAGAACCCAGAGCUAUUUGCAGAUAAUGUCCAGAAACUCAUGGCCAACAUGUUGGGAGUUCCUGCUACAGACUAUGUGAUCGAGGGACUUGUUCCUGUUACAAAGUUGGGCGGCCUCUCUCUUCCUCUUGAGUCUCCUUCCAGGGAAACACAGAAAAUGCUCAAAGAUCAAGGUUUAAGUAAUGCUGAAGUGGAGACUCUGAUCAACACAAUGAUUGACAGGUGUCAUGCCGGACAGGUCACGAUCACACUCGAUCACUUGCCCUCUUUGUUGGGACUUACAGAAAGAAAGACAGCAGCGCAGAUCUGUUCCUUGUACUCUAAGACUGACACUUUGGAUCUGAGACAGCUGUGUUUGAGCUUGUGCACGACUACAGGACUCAGGACGCCGGAGUCGAUCAUACACACGGCGUUCACUCUGUACAACAGUAAUGAAGAUGGCUUGCUAAGUGCAGAGGACCUCUCUGGCUUGAUGGCAGCGCUGUUGGGGGUCGCUCAACACAACAUUGCAGAAAUGUACUCGGAGUUGACCAAUAGAGGAGAACCAACCGAGGGUGUAUUGUAUGACCUUCUAAUGACUCACCCAACAUAUCAGAAGCUCUUCAAGGAAUACUUCAAGCAUGAAGAACCAGCAGACAGAAAUCACAACGGCAUUCCGAAUGGAAAGACCAGUCGCAAUAACAACGGCGUUCAUAACCGAAACGGCCUGAACAAAAAGACUUGCUAAGUUCGAGUAUACUGUGUUUUUAAUAGGAAGUGUAUGCUGUAUCUGCAAAUGGAUUUUACCAAAGAUUGAAAGAUUGUGUGGAUUUGUAAAAGAUGAGUGGAGCUCAUGUGUGCGUUUUAGUAUACGUUGAAUGUUUACAGAUUUAUGUGGAUUUUUUUUUUUAUUAUUAUUAUUAUUAUUUUCAUCAUUUAUAACGGUCAUUAAUCCACUGUAAAAAGCCACUAUAUCAGAACCAUAGUGCCUUGGUACUUUUACUGGUUUUACAUGUUAGCUGAAGGAUUUUCUGUAUUUUUAUACUGUAUCUCUAUGGUAUCGCUAGCCUAAGGGAUUUGUAUUAUAAAUACUGUCAAACUAUUUUACAUUUUAAGUUAUUAACGUUGUAAAUAAAAAUUAUUCAUAAGAUUUACCAUUUUUA